AACUUCCUUCUUAGACUUAGUUCAAGACAACACUGUGCUGUCAUUGCUGAGUUGAUUACGAACAACAUUCGUUUCAGUGAUGGCAUUAUCCCAGUGGUUCCUGCCUAAUCUUGUGUUAAUAUAUUAUAUCUUCGUUACUUUGAUAAAUUAUGGAGGAACUAGAAACAUUUGUAAAAAUCUCAACUACACUACAAUACGUGACGAACGCCGUAGCACAAGCAAGCCAACGCAAGCGGGGAAUAUAUUAUUAUGCGACAGAAGUGUAAUUCAAGAAUCAAUAUGGUAUCGCUUUGAAAUAGCGAAUGGUAACCAAUUGGCAACAACAAGGCCCAAAAUUAACCAUUGUGGUACAUAUUCUCCUAUAUGGAUAAAUGGUUCUCACCCGACUGUAGCCGAUGGGAAAGUGUUUCGAAAAGCUUGUGCGUUUCUACCAUUCAGUCUGCCACACGGCUGUGCGUACUCUUAUAAAAUUACGGUUUUAAACUGCAGUGGUUUUUAUGUUUAUCGGUUGAAGCCACCAGACCAUUGUUACCUUGCAUAUUGUAUAGGUAAGCCACCUACUAUAUAUUCUCUCAUUGUAUAGCUAUAAUAUAAAUUUAUGAUAUAUUAAUGCUCUGUUGUAAUUGGACUGCAAACUCGUACCCGGAACUAAUGAACUUCAAUAACGAUCAUGUGAUCGUCAUGCGUAUUCGUAGCUGAACAUGUUGUAACAAGCCUGAUAAUAUCAACAAGGUUGUUACAAGUUGUUAAUUACAGCUUGUUCCAUAUACUUGUUGACAACUUGGGACAAGCAGUGCGAACACAACUUGUUGACGGCAUGUUGACAAACUUGUUACAAGAUGUGAGAUUUUUGCAUUAUGAUCAUACACAGGCGUAAAAAUCUCACAUCUUGUUUAUAUGACUUGUCCCAAAUUGUCCACAAGCUGUUAACAACUUGUAACAACCUUGUUAAUAUUAUUGGACUUGUCGCAAGGUUGUUCCAACAAGUCCGAUACAGUCAUGAUAUAACAAUAUUAGCCGAAUUCAUAUUAGGGACGGGAAACUCAUCUUAGACGGGAAACUCGUCUGCGAAAACCCGUCUGUAUAUGAAUUUAGGGACGGGUAAAUUCGAAUUUAAGACGAGUUUCCCGUCUAGAUGAGAUUCCCGUCUAACUUUCCCGUCUGUUUAGACGGGUAAGUUAGACGGGAAAGUUCGGACGGGAAACUCGUCUGCGCCCGGAUUCAUAUUAGACGAGUUUCCCGUCUGAGACGAGUUUCCCGUCUAAGACGAGUUUCCCGUCUCUAAUAUGAAUUCGGCUAUUGUUACAACCUUGUGUCGUCAACCUUGUAACAUUCUUGUUAUAUCAUGAAUGUAUCAGACUUGAACAAACAACCUUGUCACAAGCCUAGAUAAUACCAUCAAGCUUGUUACAACUAGGAACAAGCAAUGCGAACACAACUCAGACCAAGUCUUAUAUCGUCUGCAUGCAACAAGUUGUUAACAAGUUGAUGACAACAAGCCUGUAGCAACUUGUUACGAGCAGCCUGUAUGUACUAUUUACAACAUGAGCGGCCGUGUUGUAUCGGAUAUACAAACUCGAGCCGAAGGCGAGAGUUUGUAUAUCCGAUACAACACGGACGCGAAUGUUGUAAAUGGCUAAAAAAACGUCUCAUCUUAUUAAUUCAUUGGUGAAGUAAUUUUAAAAAUAAACGUCGUCUAAGCCGAGUUUAUGUAAAUCAACAUGAAUCUGUAUCACAUACACAGAUACGACACGCUUAUGAUUUUUCCUUGUGUUUUAUCAUGAAUUAUUAAUGAGUUUUUUAAUAGUCUUGUUGGAACAACUUGUAGCAAGUCUGUUUCCGUCAUCAACCUUGUAACAAGGCGAUAACAACUUGUUCCAGACUUGUCACAACAAAUGGGAACAAGCAGUGCGAACACAUCCUGAUAUUACAACUUGUUUGCAGAUCUUGAACAAUUUGUGCGGACAGCAAUGACGUAAACAAUCUUAGCCAACUUUGUCUAUCAUGCUGAUUAAAAAACCAGGACGUUUUUAAAAAAGAUUUUAAAUUCUAAUUAGUAUUCUUGUUGUUCCUUUAGCUUCCAACCAGACGUCAAAUCGUACAACGUCGCCUCCCCCUGGUAAGUCUCGCUUUAUUAAGUGUUAAUAAUUACCG